GACCUCGUCGCUCCGGUGGAACGCCGGCACCAAGGAGCGGAUGCUGAUCAAGGUGACGGACCGCGAGCCCAGCUUCCUCCUCCACCAAGGCAACGGCUACGCCGUGGAAAACCAAGCGGGCUCCCGCUCCCGCCGGCCCUCGGGCGGCCAACAGUCGCCCAACCUCCAGGCCUUCUCCUCGGACGCCGACGGCUCCGUCUUCUUCGCGGAGAGGAAGCGGUCGCCCUUCCCGAAGCGCGCCGAGCACGCCGGCAGCUGCUCGCCGCUGCCGGGCCAGCAGCGUAGACAUCCCGGCGAGUGCCGGCCGCCGUCGCCGCGCUACGCCUACGAGCCGCCGCUCUACGAGGAGCCGCCCGCCGAGCUCCAGGCGCCCAUCUACGACGAGCCGCCGGCCGACGCGCCGUACGAGGCCGGCGGCGGGAGCCGCGGCGUCGCGGCGCCGCCGAGGUCGCCCGCCCGCAGGCCGCACCCGUCGGCGCAGUCGCCCAAGGCGGGCUCCAACUCGCCGUACCAGCAGUUGGUGCUCACCAAGCAGAAGUGCCCCGAGCGCUUCAUGAGCUUGGAGUACAGCCCGGCCGGCAAGGAGUACGUCCGCCAGUUGGUCUACGUGGAGCAGUCGGGCUCCAGCCCCAAGAUGAAGGUGGGCUUGAGGAACAAGUAUGGCCCCCACCCCAUGGGCGGGUCCUACUCGCUGCAGCACGGCCCCUGCGCGCCGCGGGACCGGCGCCCGGACGUCAAAUCCGGCGACUACAGCAGCAUGGAGGGACCCGACUCGUGCGCCGGCGCCCGGGCCGAGGACUCCAUGUCGUGGUCCAGCCAGCAGGACACGUUGUCCUCGGCGGGUUACUCGCCGGCCAGCAGGAAGAGGAAAAGCCGCAAGCCUUCGGUCGAGCGCGACGCCGACGCGGCGUCCGCCAGGAGCGAGGCGGGCGAGGAGCGAGCGGCGCCGGGGUGCGACGGGUGGCCGGAGAACCGGGCGGCGGAAGCGGCCGAGGUGGAGCGGGACCUCCUGGAGGCGCGGGCGGCGUGGGGAGCGCAGCAGGUCCGCUGUCCGUCCAAGCAGAGGAGCAGCUGGGAUUCCCAGAAGGACGGCUCGGGCUACGAGAGCGACGGCGCCGUCCCGUUGCCCAUGCCGGGCCCGGUGGUGAGGGCCUUCAGCGAGGACGAGGCGUUGGCGCAGCAGGAGGGCAAGCACUGGAAGAGGAGCACCUUCGAGAAGCUGGGCUUCCCGCAGGUCCUCCUGGAGAAGAGCGUCUCCGUGCAGACCAACCUGGCCUCGCCCGAGCCCUACCUGCAUCCGUCUCAGUCCGAGGACCUCGGCGCCUGCGCGCAGUUCGACGGCGGCCGGGGGGCGCGCGCCGCCGCCGCCGCCGCGCCCGGCGCCGUCUUCUCCACCUUCCACCUGCGCAAGCCCUCCUCGGAGACGGACAUUGAGAACUGGGCCUCCAAGCACUUCAACAAGCACACGCAGGGCCUCUUCCGCCGCAAGGUCUCCAUCGCCAACAUGCUGGCCUGGAGCAGCGAGUCCAUCAAGAAGCCCAUGAUCAUGACCAACGACCGCAACGUCAAGAAGGAGGCGUGCGAGAUCUUCAAGCUCAUCCAGAUGUACAUGGGCGACCGGCGGGCCAAGACGGACCAGCUCAACGUGGCUUUGGAGAUCGCCACCAAGGGUUGGAGCGUGCAGGGGUUGAGGGACGAGCUCUACAUCCAGCUGUGCCGGCAGACCACCGAGAACUUCCGUUACGAGAGCCUGGCCCGCGGCUGGGAGCUCAUGGCCAUUUGUCUGGCCUUCUUCCCGCCGACGCCCAAAUUCCACUCCUACCUUGAAGGCUACAUCUACCGGCACAUGGACCCGGUGAACGACACCAAAGGGGUGGCCAUCAGCACCUACGCCCGUUACUGCUACAGCAAACUGCAGAAGGCGGCGCUGACCGGGGCCAAGAAGGGCCUGAAGAAGCCGAACCUGGAGGAGAUCCGUCACGCCAAGAACGUGGUCUUCAAGCCGUCCAUGUUCGGCAGCUCGCUGCAGGAGAUCGUGGCCAUGCAGAAGGACCUCUUCCCCGAGCGGCAGCUGCCCUGGGUCCAGACCCGCCUCUCCGAGGAGGUCCUGGCCCUCAACGGCGACCAGACCGAGGGCAUCUUCCGGGUCCCCGGUGACAUCGACGAGGUCAACGCCCUGAAGCUCCAGGUGGACCAGUGGAAGAUCCCCACCGGCCUGGAGGACCCGCACGUCCCCGCGUCGCUGCUGAAGCUCUGGUACCGCGAGCUGGAGGAGCCGCUGAUCCCGCACGAGUUCUACGAGCGGAGCAUCUCCAGCUACGAGGACCCGGUGGCCGCCGUCGCCGUGGUCCACGCGCUGCCCCGCCUCAACAGGAUGGUGCUGUGCUACCUCAUCCGCUUCCUGCAGGUCUUCGUGCAGCCGGCCAACGUGGCGGUGACCAAGAUGGACAUCAACAACCUGGCCAUGGUGAUGGCGCCCAACUGCCUCCGGUGCCGCUCCGAGGAGCCGCGCGUCAUCUUCGAGAACACGCGCAAGGAGAUGUCCUUCAUCAGGGUCCUCAUCCAGCACCUGGACACCAGCUUCAUGGAGGGCGUCCUCUAG